UCGCACUUGUUCCGCUCUUCUCACUUUCCCUCUUCAACACCUCUCUGCCGUAGCAGGAUCGGAUUUCUUUCUACUUCUGGAUACAUAAUCAACCUAUACCCACUUGUUUGUUGUACGUCAAGCCUACAAGGUUAUCUGGAAACGUGUGAAGCUGGUACAUUUUCCUGAAGUAACAGAACAGCCCUGGAUGAAAAAAAUGCUGCUCAGUUUUACCACAGGACCAGUAUCCCUCAUCGCUUUAGAUGGAUUAAGAUAAUCAAGACAAUGAAUAGUGGAUCUUUGUAUUAUAAUUACAAAAAACUACUUUUCUAUUUUACUACUUCCUUUAUCCGAUACAUCAUACAUGUUUACGUACAUUGAUGUGGCUGCGCAAGAAAAGUCAUCAGAAAAUGUAUCUUUUAAGAAACUUCAAGAUCAAACGUUGAAUAAUUCUGCUCCACUAGAAUCGUACUCAGGCUUUCAACACUAAAAUAUUCUGUUUUUGCGGCUGAAGAAGCUUUUGGAAUUUCCCAACACAUAUUGUGGCUAUAUGCUGGUAAAUUCAAAGACAACGUAGCUCUAAUUACGAGCUCGCAGACUCACUGAUGCUCAUUUGGAAUGCUUUCAAACAAAUAUUGCAUCUUCCAUCGACCACUCAAGGUGUGUUGUGUUUUACGUAGCUUUGUACGAGACCGAGAUGGCUUUCAAAUUGAGGAUAUCUUGACAUUUGAAGGACUUAAGACUUGCUAGCAAUUUUCGAGACAAAUAUGCCGACUACUUAUCUAGACUUAUAGACAAUGUGUGAGUAGGUGACCUGAGAGCGUUGUUGUGGUUUUGGUGGUGUCAUGGUGUGGUGGUGAGCGUGGUAACAGGAAUGUGUUAACCUACGUACUUACGAAUAAACUUUUUGAAUAUAUAACAAUAUUAAAAAAAACAUGCAAAACUAACAUAUUCAUUUUUUUUCUGUUCGGGGUUUGCCUUCAAAAUCGAUAUGUUCCAUGUUGGUGGAACAAAUCAGGUCCUCAGUGUUCACCUUCUCCAUCUUCAUUAUCACCCGUGAUUGCCCGUUUAUCCCGCAAACCUGGAUGUCACCGAGUGAGAAGUGAUGGCCAGUGGUCGACAGUGGCGGCAACUGGUGAAGGCUGAAGUAACUGCUUUAAAUUCUGGCUAUGCAAUUGACGCGCGUGCUUAUGAAAUAUAUGCCGAAGCAACUGCCACCCUUUAUGUGGACAGAUACAACUGGUAUUACAUGCCAGUCUCUGUGCACAAAAUGUUGAUGCAUGGAGCACAUUUCAUUGACAUGCUAUGUAUUCCGGUUGGCCAAGUAUCCGAAGAAACCAUUGAAGCCAGACAUAAAGAUAUAAGAAGGGUGAGGUUAUAUCACGCUUGUAAAACAUCUCGCACAAGAGUAAAUAAAGACCUCAUGCAUUGGCUUCUUGCAUCCAUUGAUCCAGUGGCUGCAGUAAAACGUAAAAGAGGAAUUAAAAGGGUCAGCAAACUCCCACAGGAUGUCCUCUCAUUAUUAAAAGAAUCGUUAUAUACCAAUAUUGAUGUGGAAAAUGAACGUGAUGGAAGUGAAGGUGAUGGUGAUAUUAGUGU